AUGUCGAGCUUCGAUCCGACCACAGAUGAGGCGCUGGUCUACGGCCUGCCCCUCAAGGCGCGGUGUCUCGUGGCCCAGGCGGGCGAGACGGAGAAGAACUGCUUCCUCGUAGGCUCGCUCAGCCUCCGCGAGGAGAACGAGUUGCACCUGAUCGAAGUGAAGGAAGACACGGGCCGUGACCAUCUCGACGUGGCCUGCACCGGCCACUUCAGCCACCCCAAGGUGGAGAUAUGGCACAUCGCGCCGUCGCCCUCGGACCCGCUGCUCCUCUACACCUGCUACAACACCGGCCAGAACGAGUUCCGUGCGUCGCUGUGGCGGAUCGACGACCAGACCCUGGUCGAGACCUCCCAGCUCGCCCACAGCGAAACCAUCAAAUGUGUCCUGUGGCACCCGGUGGAGGACGAGGAGGAGAGCCGGAUGGUCCUGUCGCUCGACGACAACACCAUCAAGCUGUGGGACAUCGAAGCCGGCGGGUCGUCGGCCAAGGAGACCGGCACCAUCACCCUCGGUGAGCUGCAGAGACUGACCACGGGCUGCUGGAAUCCGAACAAUACCAAUGAAGUCGUGGCCGCCAAUGACACCCGUGUCCAGGGCUGGGACCUCCGCUCCCUCAAGGAGACGUUUUCGAUACCGAAGGCGCACUCGCACUUUGUGCGGGACCUGGACUACAACCCCAACAAGCUCUACCUCAUCGCCACCGGCGGCGACGACUGCUACGUCAAGUUUUGGGACACACGGAAGAGUCAGGAACCGUUGAAGGUGGUGAAGGGCCACUCGCACUGGGUGUGGAACGUGGAGUACAACAAGUUCCGGGACCAGCUCGUGCUGUCGUCCUCCACCGACAGCUCCGUCAACCUCUGGAAGAUCGCCACCCUCUCCUCCUCGUCGGAGCCUCUCGGCAUCGACGACUACCGAGACCCGGCCGACACCGCAGGGAGGGAGGACUACCUGAUCAAGAGUUACGAUGUGCACGAGGAGAGCGUGUACUCGGUGGCGUGGGGCUGCUACGAGGCCUCGCCCUACGUCUUCGCCUCCCUCUCCUACGACGGCCGCGUCGUCAUCAACCAGGUGCCCGAAGAGGAGAUCGCCCGCAUUCAAGACGAGAUGUAA